AUGGCGACACCUCAUCGCCGCCAAAUCCUCUGUAGCAUGAUCCUCGGUGAGGCCAGCGAUGAGGGAUUGAAGCAUACUCAGCUUCACUCAUCGCGCAAUAUCAUCAUCAGUCUGAACACCAAAGGGAUUCGACUUUCAUUCCCUCGCAGCACUGAUCGGAGCACCUGGGGCUGGUAUUCCGCUGAUUAUGCAACGACAGACUCGGCCUUUCAUCACGUCACCAUGGAACUUCCCCCAGGGGGUUUCACCGCGACUCAUAGCGAGCUUACCAAAGACGGUGAACAGCUUUUAGGUCUUGAUGGCGAAUUGAGCGAAUACCGACGUGUAGAGCUACAGAUCUCGCCUCAUUCCAAGACUACAGUCAUUGGCUUUGGCCUCCCAUUUCAUGGAGAAAACGGACAUGUCGACAAAUGGGUCAACAAACACACUCCGAUCGCUGGGGUCGCCUCCUUACCAGAGAUUCUCCAGAGGAAAAGCUUUAGUCUUAUCGUCAAGGCCAGCAAGGAUGACAUGGACGAUGUGAUCGGCGCCAUGAAUCAGCGGUGCAAACCCAGUGGCUAUGGAUACGGCACUCAUCACGGAUGGAAUUGGGAUCGCUACAAUAAACAGAUUCCCGCAAUGAGAGGCAUGCUAUUCCCCGAAACAACCCGCUUCAAAGACCAGAAUGAAAGAGACACUGCUUGGACUCAGAUCCACGUUCAAGAUGUUUGGGACUUUCACCACGACCUGGAACAUGUCAACGACGUUGAGAUGCCGGCGCUCAUCUAG